UUUCCUGUCUCUUCACUCCAGCUGAUAUAUGGCCGGGAAUCAUUACGGAUCUCCCCACUCUGUUCCAAGUGAGAGGAAGCUGAUGUGUGCCUCCAGGCAGAUGCUACUGCAGCUGGACAGUCUUUAUUGACUCAGAAGGCUGGCAAAAAGUUUAAGGAACCCACCCUUCCAUCAAACUGGAACGAGACUGAAGGUUCUACCCAUUUUUGAAGCAUCUUUGUUGGAAAAAGACCCCUUUUUCAGAUUUACUGAUCAAGUACUGAAAUUUUCAGCAGAAUUGGAGAGAUGCUUGUGUCUUAUUUUGCAUGGUGGAUUUUAUUCUCUACAACCAAGGAAUAAUGUCAGAUAUGUCUGGUUUGGAAAAAGUCAAUGCAAUGAUCCCACUUGCUGCAGAUAUGCCCAGCAAGAAGGAAACGGUGUGCAUUUUUGGAACUGGUGAUUUUGGAAGAUCUCUGGGCUAUAAACUGAUGCAGUGUGGCUAUUCCAUUGUUUACGGGAGCCGAAGCACUCAAAACUCUGGAUUGAUUCCUCAAGGAGCCGCAAUCCUCCCUCAUGCAGAAGCUGCUGAAACCUCUGACGUUAUCAUUGUAGCAGUCCACAGAGUGCAUUACAGCUUUCUUGAAAGCCUACAAGAAAUCCUCAGCGGAAAAGUGUUGGUGGAUGUGAGCAACAAUCUUAAAAUAAAUCAGUAUCCGGAAUCAAAUGCUGAAUAUCUUGCCCAGCUGCUUCCAGGCAGUAAAGUGGUCAAAGCGUUUAAUACGGUGUCAGCAUGGGCCCUGCAGUCAGGUGGCUUGGAUGCAAGCAGACAGGUAUUCAUCUGUGGAGAUGAUAGGAAAGCAAAAGAAAAGGUGACAGAGAUUGUUCGGAGUCUUGGUCUUACUCCUUUGGAUAAAGGUUCUCUCUUAGCAUCAAAAGAAAUUGAGAAUUACCCUUUACAACUUUUUCCAAUGUGGAGAUUUCCCAUCUACCUCUCUUUUGCUCUCAGUACAUUCAUCUUUUUAUACUCUGUUGUCCGUGAUAUCGUCUACAAUCAUGUUGAGAACAACAGAGAUUUUUCUUUUUUUAUCUUUGUUACAAUUGCAAAUCGGAUCUGCCCUGUUGUGGCCCUCGUUCUUCUUGCAUUGACCUAUUUACCUGGGAUCUUUGCAGCUAUUCUCCAGUUAUACAGAGGUACAAAGUACAGUCGCUUUCCUGAUUGGCUGGAUAAAUGGAUGCUUUGCCGGAAACAACUGGGAUUGGUUGCCUUGGCUUAUGCUUUCCUACAUGUUUUAUAUACCCUGAUCAUCCCCAUUCGUUACUAUGUAAGAUGGAAGACCAAUUCUUAUAUCAUUGGUCAGGCAUUAAAUAACCAAACAGAUCCAUUUUGGACCGGCUGGGCCUGGCACAGUGAUUCUUACCUUGCUUUGGGAAUCUUAGGUUUUUUCCUGUUUCUUCUUCUUGGGAUAACAUCCUUGCCUUCUGUCAGCAACAAUGUUAACUGGAGAGAGUUUCGGUUUGUGCAGUCCUAUCUGGGCUACCUUACACUGGUUUUGUGUACUGCCCAUACACUGGGAUAUGGUGGGAAGAGGUUCUUGAAUUCUAAGACAUACCCGUGGUGCCUACCUCCAGUUUAUUUGCUGUCUCUCAUUAUUCCUUGCAUUGUGUUGUUCAUUAAGUUUUUCCUAAUAUUUCCAUGUAUAGAUAGACCAUUAACUGAAAUUCGACAGGGCUGGGAGAGAAAACGCAAAAAUAUGAGCCACUCAAACAGCAAUCAGAACACCAAAGAAAUAUCAUCUGUAUAAUUCCUUGAUCUCUGUUAAUCUGUAUAUUUUGGAAAGGACUGAGCAUAGUCAAAGCACUAAGCCCUUGAUGGCGAACCUAUGGCACUUGUGCCAGAAGUGGCACGCAGAGCCAUCUCUUUGAGCAUGUGACCCGUCACUAGCUGGUCUUCACAUGCGCAAGAGCACUGGAAACCGAAAGAGCAGCCGCCCGAUGUACAUGUGGGUGCUGGGAAGAUAAUCUUCCGGUUUCCGGUGCGCAUGCUGGUCUUCGCACGCACAUGCCUACCAGGAACUGGAAGAUCAGAUUCCUGGUGUACAUGUGCGUGCCCGAAACCAGAAAUCAUCUUCCUGGAACACAUGUGCACAUCCGGUUGCUGUUCUUCCGUUUCCUGCACUCAGUGGCAAAAAGGUUCGCCAACACUGCACUAAGCAGUGGAGACACUCUGAAAAAGGAUCUUGGUUAUGAGCUUUUGUGAGUUACCAGGGAAGAACUUUAUAAACCACAUCCUUGACAUUUGGAAUGAGUUUCUGCAAAUUUUCAGGAUUAUUGUCAGACCAGCAAUAGCUUUCCAGCCAACGUAUCCUAUAUAAGUACACUAAAUAUAUAAUAUCUACAGUGCCAAGCGUGCCACCUGUAUACAAAUUGCAUUUUCUUUCUAUGAAUAUCUGUCAAUUCAUAAAGAAAUUUCUUUUAUCUAUAGGAAGUUGUGAUUUUAUUAUGAGUUUAACAGGAGGGCUGCAUAAGAGAACCCUACACUCUGCACUCGACAGCCAAGAAUGUGAACAAGAAAUGCUAACUCUAGUCUUACUAAAGUGCACUUAGCAAAACAUGAAAAAGCAAUUAAAAACACCGAAAUAUUCCCUGAUUCUUAUGCAAAUCUUGCCUGCUGCAGACUAGCAGGAAGACACAUGAAAGAAAAGUUUUCAAGUGGUUACUUAAGAUUUUUUUUUCCAGAUCAAGGAAAAAAUGGGGACUGAGUGUCCUUUGAAUACACUCAUCUUGCUACUUCCUCUUUAAAGUUUUCUAUGAUGAAAUUUGUCUCGAUUCAGAAAUAUCAGCCAAGAAGGUUGGUAGAGGCAAAUCGGGACAGAGAUCUAAUGUCAAAUUUCACUUUCCACAGCCUGAGUAUUCUUCUGUCAGCAAAUCCCCAAUAAUAUCAAAUAUUUUAUGCUUCAUUAUCAUGCAUGUUUAAGUCAAACUCAUAAGCUAAAUCAAUAACAAAGAAGCAAUUUAAUUCAAAUUUCUUACUGUAUAUUAGCAAAUUGUAUUCAUAUUGUAUCCAUAAAAUACAUGUAUUC